GAAGGGGCGCCCUAGCAAGAGGCUGCUCUUCGGAAGACCCCCAGUGUCCCAUUGUUGGCAUAAUACGAGUGUCCGAGAAAAUUCUCGUUUGAGGGGGUCGAGAUCCGGUUGAAAGCUUGGAGGCGCGACAGGUGCCAAGUGCUGCAGGCAGAGAGCCUGUCUAAGGAGCGCGAAGUGGACAGACGCUACUGGGACCGGAAGCCCUUUUGGUGUUCACGGUCACGGCAGCCCUUUCCUCGGGCUUCUCUGUGGACGCAGGUUAAGUUUAUGUGUGCAUUUUCUUGGCCACUUGGCAUGCAAUAUGAUUUCUCUGGGGGCUUGAACAGUGCCGGAAGGAUGAUUAACUUUAUGGACAAGGAGUGGAAACAAAAUGUCAGUCAGCGUGCACGAGAACCGCAAAUCCAGGGCCAGCAGUGGCUCCAUCAACAUCUACCUGUUUCACAAGUCCUCCUACGCCGACAGCGUCCUCACUCACCUGAACCUCCUGCGCCAGCAGCGGCUCUUCACCGACGUGCUGCUCCAUGCCGGAAACAGGACCUUCCCUUGCCACCGGGCCGUGCUGGCCGCCUGCAGCCGCUACUUCGAGGCCAUGUUCAGCGGUGGCCUGAAAGAAAGCCAGGACAGCGAGGUCAACUUCGACAAUUCCAUCCACCCGGAGGUCUUGGAGCUGCUUCUCGACUACGCGUACUCCUCCCGGGUCAUCAUCAAUGAAGAAAACGCAGAAUCGCUCCUGGAGGCUGGCGACAUGCUGGAGUUUCAAGAUAUCCGGGACGCCUGCGCGGAGUUCCUGGAGAAGAACCUGCACCCCACCAACUGCCUGGGCAUGCUGCUGCUGUCCGACGCCCACCAGUGCACCAAGCUGUAUGAGCUCUCCUGGAGGAUGUGUCUCAGCAACUUCCAGACCAUCCGGAAGAACGAAGACUUCCUCCAGCUGCCCCAGGACAUGGUCGUGCAGCUCCUGUCGAGCGAAGAGCUGGAGACCGAAGACGAAAGGCUUGUGUACGAGUCUGCAAUUAACUGGAUCAGCUACGACCUGAAGAAGCGCUCUGGCUACCUCCCCGAGCUGCUGCAGACGGUGCGGCUGGCGCUCCUGCCGGCCAUCUAUCUCAUGGAGAACGUGGCCACGGAGGAGCUCAUCACCAAGCAGAGGAAGAGCAAGGAAAUCGUGGAGGAGGCCAUCCGGUGCAAGCUGAAGAUUCUGCAGAACGACGGCGUGGUCACCAGCCUCUGUGCCCGGCCCCGGAAAACUGGCCAUGCCCUCUUCCUCCUGGGAGGACAGACGUUCAUGUGCGACAAGCUGUAUCUGGUGGAUCAGAAGGCCAAAGAGAUCAUUCCCAAGGCCGACAUUCCCAGCCCGCGGAAAGAGUUCAGUGCCUGUGCGAUUGGCUGCAAGGUGUACAUCACAGGGGGGCGGGGGUCCGAGAACGGGGUCUCGAAAGACGUCUGGGUCUAUGACACCCUGCAUGAGGAGUGGUCCAAGGCGGCCCCCAUGCUGGUGGCCAGGUUCGGCCACGGCUCCGCAGAACUGAAGCACUGCCUGUACGUGGUGGGGGGCCACACGGCCGCCACCGGCUGCCUCCCGGCCUCCCCCUCGGUCUCUCUGAAGCAGGUGGAGCAUUAUGACCCCACGACCAACAAGUGGACCAUGGUGGCCCCCCUCCGCGAGGGCGUCAGCAACGCCGCCGUCGUGAGUGCCAAGCUCAAGCUGUUUGCUUUCGGAGGCACCAGCGUCAGUCACGACAAGCUCCCCAAGGUCCAGUGUUACGAUCAGUGUGAGAACAGGUGGACGGUCCCGGCCACCUGCCCCCAGCCCUGGCGUUACACGGCUGCCGCAGUGCUGGGGAACCAGAUCUUCAUCAUGGGGGGAGACACGGAAUUCUCUGCCUGCUCUGCUUAUAAAUUCAACAGUGAGACGUACCAGUGGACCAAGGUGGGAGACGUGACCGCCAAGCGCAUGAGCUGCCACGCGGUGGCCUCCGGGAACAAGCUCUACGUGGUGGGAGGCUACUUUGGCAUUCAGCGCUGCAAGACUUUGGACUGCUACGAUCCGACUUUAGAUGUGUGGAACAGCAUCACCACGGUCCCGUACUCGCUGAUUCCCACUGCGUUCGUCAGCACCUGGAAACACCUGCCCUCUUAGAUGCGGCGCGCCCCCAGGGAAGUGGGCGUGAGCUCACUCCAUCACUCGAUGAGACAAUAGAUUUCUUGGGAGAGGCCACGUCUAAGGAAGAUAAAGGAAAAAAGAAGUCGCUGCAAGACUGAAUAAAAUCUGCUGCACCUUGUAAACGCUCUAACUGGACAUGAAGGAAGGGGUGGGGGGGUGGGAUUUUCAGUGCAAGUAGCACAUGGUUUAAAUAUGAAUGAACGAACCUGUGAUCUAGUCCUUGUCUUGUAAUUGUGGAUUAAUGUCAGCGUUAAUCAGCCCCUCAAAGGAGAGAAAAGCUGGACCUUUUUCCCUUGCUGUACCAUAUUCAGCAUUUGAUUUCCAUGGGCUCCGCCAUUUAUGUGUAAAAUUUGAAAUGGUUGUCACCUCUCUCUGCAGAGCAAGCUUGAAGCGUCCACGCCAGCUGCUGUUGGAGGUUCAAAGCCCAACUGUGGGUCCAGGGGGGAAGCUGGCUGGGCUGGCUGCAGAAUGAGCCCACUGGACUCUCCGCUAAUCUCUAAGGGGUGUGCUCCCCGGGAAGGUUUCUGAACAAUGGGGACAUUGUUGGUAGCUAUUUGGUAGAUGUUCUUUUCUAUUUAUAAGUGACUUUAAACUUUCCCUUGGCUGUUAAGAAAUUUGUUAUAGAUUUUAGCUAUUUAUUGUUUGAUGCCUGCAUGCUGAAACAAUGCUUACAGUUGUCUUCACAUGUAUGGACGUGUGUGAAUGGUUGUCUGUUUUGCACAUUUUGUGGCUGUUGAGAUGUGCUUUGCUGCACAAAAAUGAAAACUUUUGAAUUACAAUUUGGAGUAAAACUGGAGGGUGGGUUGGGGAGGGGUGGAUUUUUUUAAAUGUCCAGACAGAGAAGGAUUGCGAGACGGAAAUUUAAAUCUCAUCCUAGAGUUAGAGAAACCAUGGAGAUCACUUUCCUUAGACUCACCAACUUUUAACGGGGUAUGGUCAUGCUGAUGGGGUGAGUGGAAGCUUCUUUCUGCCCCUCUCCCCCCUUCUAUCUGCUUCACCUAAUUCAGUCUCAGCUGCUGAAAUUUGGAAAAGACCAAAUCGCUUUGCAGUUUUUGUUUGAAAUCCUGAAAUCCUAGAAAAUUCUAUGGAAUAGUUCUGUAUAUAGGGCACAGGUAAAGGCAUUGUCCAGAGUUUAUUUAUUUAUCUAUUUAUUACCCUAUGAGAAUGCUUUGCCAUAACCACAGUUAAUGGGAAACAUGGAAAUAUCACUGAUGUAAAUCAACUCACGGACCAGAUUUGCUUGACCUGGACUCAUCGUUCUCUGUUCUUGCUGUACAGUUUAGCAAGUGCUGGAAAUUCUCCAAGACAUUGUUCACAUGGGUGCAAUACCUACUUUAGUGCUCACCCUUAGGUAAAUCUCUUGAAAAAAACAAAACAAAACAAAACUCUUUGGUGCACAAGUGACACAUUUGCCCACAAAACACCAAAGAAUCGUGAGCAGUGGCCCCGAUGGAGAGGUUUUCCGAGGUAGCUGGAAAUCAGUUGUGAAUACAUUCUUUGCUCGUUGGAGUGCUUGUUUACUAAGCAUGUGCCGUGGUAGGUAUUAGUGCUCGUCUCCAAUAGGUGCUUCCUCCGAGGUGUGGGGGAAGGCCAGAGUUUGCAACUCGAACUGCUUUUGUCGAUGUUUCUCACAUUGCUGUCUUUUAGAAAAUAGGGGUUAAGGCUGAUAACAACCUUUCACGUCGUGAGUGUGUCUGCAUUGCCUGAUGACAGAUAAAUCCUGAACAUUUCUCUCCACCUUAGUACUUUAGACUGAUUGUGCUUGUGCGUUCGUGCCGUGAAUGAGUGGGCUCUAGUUGGACCAAAAUAAAGGAGCCGUUGGAAGAAAAGAGUCACUGUGCUUUCCAGUAGUCAUCCCCUAGUUCCUUGAUGUGUUCUGAGCAGUGCAAAUGUCUAAUUGUAGCUUGGCGGCGUAGCCCGUGUCGUUCUAUUUGUAGCAGUUGCAGCUCUGUAGUUUAUGAUGCAAAUCUGCCCAGAGAUGGACGUGUCACUGUGUGGCUUCUGAAAGCAGGAUGAAUUUUCUGCAGCUGCUUCAAAGUUGUGGUCUGUCCUUGAAUUCUCUAUGAAUUACUGUGUCUGAGACAGAGGGAGCCGCGGUGAGGGUGGGCCCCUAGCCUGCAGGGAACUUUCUGGACUCCUGCUCUUUGAAUUGGUGUAGGCAUUUGGUCUCUCUCCUUGACCAUUCUCACCCUGUGAAACGUCCCACACUUUGAAGCAAAGACAAUUCACAGCGCAGUACACACAAAAACCUUGGCAUGAGACAGAGAAGGUUCUUCUUAUUUUGUGGACUGGUUGCUGUAGAAACUUAACAAAGGGCAGCCUUCCACUUCUGGUAUAAUUGUGUAGCCCUUUUCUCUGGGCUUGACACCUGUCUGAAUAAGAGUGAUUAGAGCUGCAUAAUAUCCCUCUCUCGCUAUUGAAAAUGUGGUUCACGUACAAAACUCUGUAUAAGUUGAAGUAAAAUGUUCACGUUCAUAUGUACUUGUUUGCUACUACUACAUUUUUGAGGUUUUGUAAAACUGUUACUUUUUUUUUCACAAUGUGAAACUGAAGGUCAAUAAAUUAUUAGAGAUUUUCUCUUCA